UAGAAAAUGGAAGAAAAGUCUGGAACCCGCGCAAAACCGAUACCAAAACCUUCCAUUUGCUCUUCUCUAAUUAUAUAUUUCACCUCUUUGAACUCUUGUUCUUGUACAGAAAUCCAAAGCGAAACUCAAAAAACAAAAAUUGUCAAUCGUGCUCUCGUUUUCUUUUCUUCAUUUUCCCGAUCGGUUGAUCUGCAAUUGAUGGCAGACGUGCAUAUGGGAUCAGAGUCAGAGACCUUCGCUUUCCAAGCGGAGAUCAACCAGCUCUUGAGCUUGAUCAUCAACACUUUCUACAGUAACAAAGAGAUCUUCCUUCGUGAGCUCAUCAGCAACGCUUCUGAUGCAUUGGAUAAGAUCCGAUUUGAGAGUUUAACGGACAAGAGCAAACUCGAUGCUCAGCCGGAGCUCUUUAUCAGAAUCAUCCCUGAUAAAGCCAAUAAAACCCUUUCUAUCGUGGAUAGUGGCAUUGGCAUGACCAAAGCAGAUUUGGUAAAAAAUUUGGGGACAAUUGCGAGGUCUGGAACAAAGGAGUUCAUGGAGGCAUUACAAGCUGGAGCUGAUGUCAGCAUGAUUGGUUAGUUUGGAGUAGGGUUUUACUCGGCUUACUUGGUAGCAGAGAAGGUGAUUGUCACCUCAAAGCACAAUGAUGAUGAUCAAUAUGUUUGGGAGUCUCAGGCAGGUGGAUCUUUUACUGUCACCCGGGAUGUGGGUGGUGAACCUCUUGGCAGAGGUACCAAAAUCACCCUGUUCCUUAAAGAAGAUCAGUUGGAGCACUUGGAGGAGAGGAGGAUAAAGGACCUCGUGAAGAAGCAUUCUGAGUUUAUCAGCUAUCCAAUUUACCUAUGGACUGAGAAGACUACUGAAAAGGAGCUCAGUGAUGAUGAAGAUGAGGACACGAAGAAGGAAGAGGAAGGUGAUGUGGAGGAUGUUGAUGAGGAUAAGGAAAAGAAAUCAAAGAAGAAGAAGGUUAAGGAGGUGACCCAUGAGUGGCAACUUAUCAACAAGCAGAAACCAAUUUGGUUGAGAAAGCCAGAGGAGAUUACGAAGGAGGAAUAUGCAUCGUUCUAUAAGAGUCUCACAAAUGAUUGGGAGGAUCACCUUGCUUUGAAGCACUUUUCUGUUGAGGGACAGCUUGAGUUCAAGGCAAUCCUGUUUGUGCCCAAGAGGGCCCCGUUUGAUCUCUUUGACACAAGGAAGAAGUUGAACAAUAUUAAGCUUUAUGUUAGGAGAGUGUUCAUCAUGGACAACUGUGAAGAACUCAUUCCUGAAUAUCUGUCAUUUGUCAAGGGCGUUGUGGACUCUGAUGAUCUCCCUUUGAAUAUCUCUCGUGAAAUGCUGCAGCAGAACAAGAUUCUUAAAGUGAUUAGAAAGAAUCUGGUGAAGAAAUGCAUUGCGAUGUUUUUUGAGAUUGCCGAGAACAAAGAGGACUACACCAAGUUCUAUGAAGCUUUCUCCAAGAACAUCAAGCUGGGCAUUCAUGAAGAUAGCCAGAAUAGGGCUAAGCUUGCUGACUUGCUAAGGUAUUAUUCUACGAAGAGUGGUGAUGAGAUGACCAGCUUGAAGGACUAUGUUACUAGGAUGAAGGAAGGCCAGAAAGAUAUCUACUACAUCACUGGUGAGAGCAAGAAAGCUGUUGAGAACUCACCAUUCCUUGAGAAACUCAAGAAGAAGGGAUAUGAAGUGCUGUUCAUGGUUGAUGCUAUUGACGAAUAUGCUGUUGGACAAUUGAAGGAGUACGAUGGAAAGAAGCUAGUGUCUGCAACUAAAGAAGGGCUCAAGCUUGAUGAGGAAUCUGAAGAAGAGAAGAAGAAGAAGGAGGAGAAGAAGAAGUCCUUUGAAAACCUUUGCAAGACGAUCAAAGAGAUUCUAGGAGAAAAGGUUGAGAAGGUUGUUGUGUCUGACAGAAUUGUAGACUCUCCUUGCUGUUUGGUCACUGGAGAAUACGGAUGGACGGCCAACAUGGAGAGAAUCAUGAAGGCCCAGGCUCUGAGAGACAACAGUAUGAGCGCUUACAUGUCUAGCAAAAAGACAAUGGAAAUCAACCCAGACAACGGCAUAAUGGAGGAGCUAAGGAAGAGGGCUGAAGUUGACAAAAAUGAUAAGUCAGUCAAGGACUUGGUACUGCUGCUCUACGAGACUGCUCUUUUGACUUCUGGUUUCAGCUUGGAUAAUCCCAACACAUUUGCAGCAAGAAUUCACAGGAUGUUGAAGCUGGGUUUGAGCAUUGAUGAUGAUGACACUGCCGAUGCCGAUGAUGUUGAUAUGCCAUCUUUGGAGGAAGAGAGGAACGAGGAGAGCAAGAUGGAAGAGGUCGACUGAGGGAGCUAAAAGAUAGAAGUGGUCAAUAGUAUUCGAUAUGUACAUCGGUGUAAAGUGUCGUCAUUGAGUGUAAACUUUGCCGGUUCUGGUCGUGUGCUUUUAAUUUAGGUUUUUAUGGGUCGUUGUUAGUGGUUUGUCCCAUGGCCAUGUACUAUUUACCCUGUUGAGAGAUGUUACAUCUGAUAUUUCCUUUAUAUAUAUAAAUAUAAAUAUAUGUAUAUAAAUGCAAUCUGAGUUUUCCUCCAGUUUGACGUUACCUUCAAAUUUUCUUUCUUCUCAUUUCGAUCCAGUAAACAAAUACAUUAAGCAAUGGUUCAUGACUAUAUGUCUCGAACUCUUGUUUCGUUUGUUGUGAAGUGAAUUACUGUCAUUGGUUCAGUAAAAUUCUAGACUCUUUCAGAUGCCUGCUUUUCAGCUCUUACCCUUGGGGCAGACAGAUUCCGCUAGUCUCCAACUUCCUAAACAAAGAACGAAAAUUAGGAAUGUACAAUUGCAAAGGUCUGUAUCAAGCCAAAACUUGUCCUAUGACCGCUUAGCGCUAGACUCUGUAUCAACAGUCCAUACGUUAAAAUCACGUACAGGAUCGAGGAAUUUAGAAUUGGGAUCUUGCAUUCACGCGACAGUAUUAAAAUCUGGAUUGCAAAGCAAUGUCUUUUUUAACAACUCUCUUCUGGAUAUGUACAUGAAAUGUGGGUGUAUAGAAGAAGCCAUAAAACUGUUUGACCAUAUGCCUAAGAGAACCGUAGCAUCAUGGACAUCGAUGAUUUCAGGUUACUGCCACAAUGGAUUAGCUGAUGAAGGGAUUUCCACUUUUGUUCAGAUGCUGGAGAAUGAGUGCCCCAAUGAGUUCACUCUAGCAGCUGCUUUACAAGCUGUUGCACAAAUUCGCAAUUUCAGAUUCAUUUGUGUUGUCCACAGUUAUAUUCUCAAGAGUGGAUAUCUCAAGGAUAGCUUUUUGCAGAAUUCUUUGGUAGGUGCAUAUGCAAAAUCUGGGGCUUUCGUAGAUGCAGUUAAGCUUCUUGAUAGAUUGAGUUCGCGGGAUGUUGUUUCUUGGACUUCCGUUAUUUCAGGUUUUGUGCUACAUGGCUUGAUGGGAGAAGCGCUACAGGUCUUCUUCCGGAUGCAAGAAGAUGGGAUUAUACCGAAUGAGGUGACAAUUUUGAGUGUUUUACAUGCAUGUUCCUUCAUUGGACGACAACGCAUAUUGCAAUGGAUUCAUGGCUUCGUUUCAAAAUUGGGAUGGCGUCGACAUGAACUUGUAUUGAAUUCUGUAGCUGAGAUGUACUUAACUAAUGGGUACCUCAGAGAAGGAAUACAACUUUUUUCUGAAUUUUGUUUUGAUGGUGAAGGACAAUUUCUUUGCCCGGAGACAAUGGCAACUCUCCUGCAGGGUUGCGGUCAUUCCAAUUAUUUGAAGUUUGGGAAACAACUCCAUGGCUACCUAAUCAAACAUGGGUUUUCUUCAUGCGUUGUAGAAAAUUCUUUGAUUAACAUGUAUGCAGAAAACAAGCAAAGCGACUCAGCCUUCCAAGUCUUUGCCAGGAUGAAUGUGAGAGACAUUAUUUCUUGGAAUUCAUUGAUUACACAUCUCGUCAAGAAUGGUCAAUUCCAUGAGGCCUUAAUGCUGCUUAAAGAUAUUCACAGCAAUCGUGGAGGAGAGAUGGUGCGUCCAGAUUUUAUCACCAUGUUGGCAUCAAUUCAGGCUUGUUCAAACUUGUCAUCAUUCAUGCCAGGGCAAGUUAUUCAUGGCUACAUAACAAAAACUGGCUUAAUUAGUGAUAUCUUCAUUCAGAAUGCUUUGAUAGAUAUGUAUGGAAGAUCAGGGAGGUUGGAUUUAGCAGAGAAAACCUUUGAGGAGAUGUCCACAAAAGAUAUAGGUUCAUGGAAUUCAUUAAUUGCUGCAUAUGGAAUCAACGGCAAUGGGAGGCCUGCUCUCCUGGCUUUCACAGGGCUAAAUAAAUCCAGUCCACAUAAGCCGAAUGCUAUCACCUUCACCAACAUUCUUUCUGCAUGCUCGCAUGCGGGACUGGUUGAAGAAGGCUAUAAAAUAUUCAACCGCAUGAGAGAAUACGAAGUGGAACCAAGCAUGGAGCAUUUUGUUUGCGUGGUCGAUCUCUUGGGACGGUCAGGGAAACUUGAGGAAGCGGAAGCCUUCAUAAAGGAUAUGCCAGUAACACCAGCCAACGAUGUUUGGUAUGCUCUACUGGGUGCGUGUGGGUUUUUUGGAAAUAUCAGCAUAGCUGAGAGAGUUGCGAAGAAGCUAAGUGUCCAGGAUCCUGAAGGCAAAGCUUGGAGAGUUGCACUAUCAAACGUUUAUGCUAGCAGAGGACAGUGGGAGGAUGCAGCGAAGAUGAGGUCACAGGUAAUGCAAGUAGAAGGGAUGAGAAAGGAAGUAGGAUGGAGCACUGUUGAGGUAGAAGGAGAGAUGUUCAGGUUCAUGGUAAAUGAUACAAGACAUCCAGAGAGUAAAUUAAUCUAUGCUACCGUAAACGGAAUGAUGAAACAUGUAAGAGAAGGCGUUACAAUUCGAUUGUGAACAAUUUAAAUCCUCAGCAUUCAGGAAAAUUGACCAUAAUAUCUAUCAUGA